GUUUGACCCAAAGAGCAAGCAAUUUUGCGAUCUUCCACUUGGCCUAGUUGAGCGAGUCUUUGGGGAGCUUGAUUUUAAGAGGAGAUCAGUAAUUCGAAAUGUUUCUACUGGAAUCCGCCAAAUUGUCGACAACUCUUUUAAGAAAACGACUAAAAUGAACUUGAGUGUUAGCGGCGUCUUCACCAAUACCUUUAGUGACGAUGUCGAAGUUGACUAUAACUGGGACAAUAUCAUCGAAUAUUCUUACAAAUCUUCGGAAACGGAGUAUAAGAAAAGAGAGGACGAUGGAGACCAUACGGAAAUAGCUGUUAGAGAGCUCGGAAUUCAGCUCAACAAUCCGAAUCAUCAGCUGGAGUACCUGGAAUUCUGGAUAAAACCUUUACGAUAUUUUACCGAAGAAGAAAGGACCGAACGAUGGAAUUGUCUGGAAAAAUUCUUCAAGAAGGUUGAGAACUCGAAGGUUGCUAAAAUCUCGUUCGUUGGAUUCAGGGGAUAUAAAAUUGCAACGAUUUUGCAAUCUUUCUCACCAGGAACCCUGACACGACUUUAUGUCAAUGUUGCUGAUUCGGAUAUCUCUCAAAUCAUCGACGCGGAGCAUUGGAUUUAUCUAAAAAAGAUCAGAGUGCUUUCGCCUUCUCCGGUUUCCAUUCCGAUUGAUGCUAUUCUUCACAUGACACACUUCGACGUUUCUGUGAUCCACCUUUCCACUGAUGAUGUCGCAAAGAUCAAAAAUGUGAGUGAACAAUAAAAAGUUGAAAAAACAUUAUUUUAAAAUAAUUACUGGUCGUUCUCGAAUCCGCAAGUUUCACAAUGGGGAUGAUCCGUACCAACAUCACGGACCCAAUGGAAACUGCAAAAAUCUUCGGAACGCACAUUCAUCGUGAUGAUGUGGAUGUUUUGGGUGACAUGGAUAUUAACAAGGACGAUGGUCCAGAAGUUCAUUUGGAUGACGAUUGGCAUGAGGAGGAGCUCGUGGGGGCUGUGGGGGCGGAGGAGGAGGAGGACGAGGAGGACGAGGAAGAGGAGGACGAGGACGAGGAAGAGGGGAUGGCUGAUGUCCCGGAAGUCAAUGAGGCCGUGCACAGAGUCAACAUUAAACUCGGCGACGCUGACAUCACCGUUGUGGUGUCUCCGACAUACUUGAAGAUUGCAAAGAAUACUCGUGAAAAUUGAAC